AUGUUGGACUCACUAGGAAUUGGCUAUUCAACACUCCUGUGGGUAGUUAUAGCAUCACUGGGGCUUCUUAAGCUAUGGCGAACUCUAUCAGAUUGGGGAUUCGCCCAGAGAAAUGGCUGCGGUGAAGUGACGAAAAUGCCCAGCUAUAUCUUCGGGCUCGACAUUCUGUGGGAUUUCAUCAAGGCUACAAACAACAAUUAUGCGAUCGACCUUGUUGAGGACUGGCAACGCAAGUUUGGACGGACUUUCCAGCUUCGUCUUGGUCGCAAGUUGAUUUUGACGUCUGAACCAAAGAAUUUCCAGGCCAUUCUUGCAACGCAGUUUGAGGAUUUCGAUCUAGGCAGCCGCAACGAUGCAGCGCACCCCAUGCUUGGCGACGGUAUCUUCGCCAGUGAUGGGAAGAUCUGGGAGCAAUCGAGGGCACUGCUCCGGCCGAAUUUUGUGAGAAAUCAGAUCGCCGAUAUCGCUGUGUAUGAACAUCAUGUCUCCCAGCUCGUCAAAUGUAUGCCGGUAGAUGGGUCAACGGUGGAUCUUCAAGACCUGUUUUACAAGAUGACGAUCGAUUCAGCCACCGAAUUCCUUUUCGGUCGAAGCUUUAAUACCCUAGGUGGCAGGGAAUCAGAAGCUUCUAAGUCUUUUGCUAAAAAUUGGCAUAUUGCUUCGAACGGAAUGAUUAUUCGUAUGCGGCUAGGUCCAUUGAGAUGGCUAUCUAAUUUGAAUAGAAGCUAUACGAAGGCCAUCGCAGCAGUACGAAGCUUUGUCAGAGAUGUUGUUCAGGAGGCUCUUGAACACAAAGAACUACAGGAAUCUAACCAGGAUGAAAAGCCCCCUAGCCAAUCAUACGUGUUUCUUCAUGAGCUGGCUACACGGACACAAGAUGAAAAGGUGCUGACGGAUCAGCUACUUAAUAUCUUACUGGCAGGCCGCGACACAACAGCAGCCUUCCUCAGUUUUACAUUUUUCCUCCUCUCUAGACGAGAAGAUGUAUGGUCUAAGCUAAGGGCUGAAGUUCUCAACUUUGACAAGCGGCCUUCAUUCGAGGAUCUUAAGUCAAUGAAAUACCUCACAUGGGUGAUGAAUGAGACAUUGAGACUUUACCCAUUGAUCCCAUUAAAUGUACGUAUGGCGAACAAAAGGACAGUCCUCCCUACAGGAGGUGGAUCCUGCGGUACCCUCCCAAUAUUCAUUUCUAAAGGACAAGAGGUGAUGUACUGUGCCUAUAGCGCACACCGUCUACCGGAGGUUUAUGGACAAGAUGCCUCUGAGUUUAGGCCAGAGAGAUGGGAAAACUUGAAGCCUGGAUGGGCUUACAUCCCAUUUAAUGGAGGUCCCCGAAUCUGCAUUGGACAGCAAUUUGCGUUGACAGAGGCCAGUUAUACAAUCGUCAGGAUCCUUCAAGAAUUUGAAAGCAUUGAAAGUCGAGACUCGGAACCCUUCAAAGAGCUUAUUGGCCUCACUUUGUCAAUGAAGAAUGGUGCAAAGGUCGCUUUGACGCCAGUGCAAACUUGA